UCGACAUCUUUCAGGAAACGAAUUUAAAGAAAUAGCGAAAGAAAUCCAGGAACCGUUUUGAAGGAAGGCGGUCGAGAACAGCUGCCUAGUCUGAACACCUUUUUGAAUGUUGCGGGCGACGACGCGAGUGCCAGAAGAUGCUUAUUAAAGAAUACCGGGUUGUCCUUCCUGUUUCCGUGGAAGAGUACCAGGUGGGCCAGCUGUACUCAGUAGCUGAGGCCAGUAAGAAUGAAACAGGGGGAGGAGAGGGGGUGGAGGUGCUGAAGAAUGAACCUUAUGAGAAGGAAGAUGGGGAGAAAGGACAGUACACACACAAGAUCUACCACUUGCAGAGUAAAGUACCAACGUUUGUGCGGAUCCUGGCUCCAUCAUCUGCUCUAAAUAUCCACGAAAAGGCCUGGAAUGCUUACCCAUACUGUCGCACAGUUCUCACAAAUGAGUACAUGAAGGAUAAUUUUAUGAUCAUGAUUGAGACAUGGCACAAGCCUGACCUCGGUGAGCAGGAAAAUGUACACAAGCUUGACCCGGAAACGUGGAAAAAGGUUGAGGUUGUUUACAUUGAUAUUGCAGACAGGAGUCAAGUAGACCCUAAGGACUAUAAACCAGAAGAGGAUCCAGCCACAUUUAAGUCUGCAAAGAGUGGAAGGGGGCCUUUAGGACCAGAAUGGAAAAAAGAGCUUCCUCAGAAGACAGACUGUCCUCACAUGUGUGCCUAUAAGCUUGUCACAGUCAAGUUCAAGUGGUUUGGUUUACAAAACAAAGUGGAGGGCUUUAUCCACAAGCAAGAGAAGCGUCUGUUUACCAACUUCCACAGGCAGCUCUUCUGCUGGUUGGAUAAGUGGAUUGAUUUGACUAUGGAUGACAUUCGACGGAUGGAAGAGGAUACGCAAAAAGAACUUGACAAGAUGCGAGAAAAGGACCCAGUAAAGGGGAUGUCUGCUGCAGAUGACUAAGGGCCUGCAGCUGGGACUGUAUAUUGCCCAUCCAGCAGCAUUAUUGUCCCAGACAGUGGUGUUUGGAGAGCUUCUUUCUCUCCUCAUGGUCCACUACGGUGCCUCUCUCAACUCCUUCACAUCAUGGAGCACUAACAGGCUGCAAAACCCUCCCACAGCUGAUUCGUACACUAAUAACAUGAAAAUGUCACUUGUUCUGAAUGUUUUUUUUUUUUUAUGAUUUACUGCUGUUUAUUUUGAGAAUUUAUUUUGGGUUUUUUUCCACUGUGUUUUUACUUAGUGGACUGAUGGUUUUUGUGGGUUUUUUUUUUAAAUAAACAUUUAAAAUUAUUACACAAUUUGUGUCACCACUGACAAACAAAACCACAACACUCAGCAGAGGUGUAUAAUUUUGUUUUCUCUGACUAGCUCCAUUUACUCUUUUGAGCUACAUUCACUCCAUUGUGUUUUAAGCUGCCUUGAGGACAAAACAGCCUAGUUACCGAGUGCAUCUGGAUAGGUGGUGUCUAUGGACCUAUGCCAGCACCUGACCACCAGUUUUUUUACUCUUCUGAAAAGGCAAAGUCUAAGCAGUAUGGUGUAAUUGUGUUUACAUGAAUUAACCUCAGCCUGAUUAAAAUGCAUCAAGGUCUAGGGGAAGUGAACAUGGGGUUAUUUAGCUCUGAGGUGCCUCUGACUUCAUUGUAAUUAUAAUAAGCCCAUAUCAGGGUUGGGAUCAUUUUGAAUUGGGUAUACAUGUUUGGAAUUGUGUACUUUGCCUCUGUUUUAAAGUGGGGCUUAUCAAUUGUAUUGUAUUUAUUCACUGGGCAUUUUGCAGAUGUCAAAUAUUCUGUUAUGGGAUAGAGAAACACUGUAUGUGUUACUGGGCUGAUAAUGUUCUACUCUUCUUCCUAUGAUCAUGAUUCAAAACAAAAUAAAAAUAAGAACUUACAUUGA